CAAUUUUUCAACCUCUGUGAACUGCGACGUCAAACUACGACAAUCUUGCAAGUACUGUGGUCAACAUUCGAUUUCUAAAUUCUAAACCUCACAUCACGACUCCAAACAUCAUGGUUGGGGAAGUAGAGAAAUCCCGGGCUUGUCACGACUGCAAAAGACGUAGAGUCAAAUGUGAUUACCGAAAACCAAUGUGUUUAAGAUGUGAGAAGGCCGAAAUUGAUUGCAAGGGCUACGAACGCGAUACAAUAUUUGUGAACCGAACUCCUGGGAAUCUCUCAACGGUGCUAAGCCGGAACAGCCUUAACACCCAUGUUCCUAGGAGUUUUGAUGAGGAUCUGCAGGCGCUCAAAUCGCAAAUUCGGGAGCUAGAGGGUUCGCGGACACAAUUUCGACUCCAAGCCUUGGAACUCUUGAAGAAGCUAUACCUACCUCAGCCGAGCCUAGCCAGCAUAAGAGAAUCGUCUCUAUACUCCUGGCUUCCAACUGUUUGUGAACUUGAGGGAGAAAGUCAUGCUCUCGACCAUUCUCUCCUCACAUUCUGUGUGGUACAAGUCGCUGUCACAAAAAUGGGCAGCGCUUGUGUUGACGAGGCAUUACAAGUCUAUAACGAAGCCCUUCAAAAGCUGCUUGUGGAAAUUGAAGAUUUUGGCGCCGGACAAAGUAACGAGAUUUUAGCUGCUAUUUCUGUGCUUUCCACUUCCGAACUAUUCGUUUGCUCUACAGAUCAUGCCUGGCGUGCUCAUGCUCAGGGCAUAUCAGAAAUCUUGCGUAUUCGAAGUGGCAUGAACUCUCCCACGCCAAUCUGCCGGAGCUUCUGCACACGUAUUCGAGUCCUCCUUCUGAUGGAAGCCCUUUCAGACCGUCGUACUAGAUCGAUGACAAUCUACCAUUGUCACCAGCUCAGCCAACUCAUGUCUAUGAGCAGCGAACACGAUUCAUUUCACGAACUGAUUGACGUUGCUUGCGAAGUACCUGCCCUUCUUGAAGAAUCGGACAUACUCACUGCUAGUCGCAAUGUAAUGCCCGAGCAAUGGAAUGCAAGCCCUUUCAAGGCCUCCUUUGCCGUACUCGAGAAGCUCCAUGAUCGUCACCAGAAAUAUAGAGCUAAAACCGGAACACCGCUAUAUUGGGCCAUGCCAUCAGGUGUGGAGAACCCAGCAGAUGACCCCUACAAUAACAAAUUGUUCCCUUUUGCUCUCCAAUUUAAAUCCUUGGAAACCGCGGGUCAAGUGGUCCUCUGGUGGGCAAUAAUAUUACAGGUUUUGUGCAGUAUGAUAGAUCUCUAUCAACACUUUUUCGGCAGCUCUGCCCCUUCAUCGGCAUUUGACCAGUCAAAGUCUGGGGAUCUUAGGGGGCCGGAAUCUCGUUUGAACUCGAGGUUUCCUACGAUGUCUUCAGUCAAAGACGAAGCCCACAAGCUGGCCCGUUAUCUCUGUCAAUCUAUCGAAUACUGUCACAAAAUCGAGCAUGGAACUUUCGGCCCUCAAGUGACGACCUACGCGCAGUGGGUCUUGAAAUCUUACUUUCGACAAUUUCAUUAUGAGCGUGAGCUUGUCUGGUGUUUGAAUAUCAAGAACAUGAGAGGACCUGGGUUCCGUCACGGUAUUGAGUUGAUGGGGUUUCAGGAUUGACUGAAUAGCUUUUUGGAAUGGCCUCACAAGGCCAUGAGGGUGCAUUCCAUUUGUCGAUGAACUGCGCAAUGUGCAGUUGGAAUCUCAUGACUCAACGGCCACCAGCGGAGCUUAUCCGAGACAACGAUCGCCAACCAGCAUGCUACACAGUAGCCUACACUAAAAAACCCGGCGUAGGAUAACGUGUUGAAACCAAAACCAAACCACACUAUGUUAUCACGUUGGCAACUACCCACAGGAGAUACCGAACCAGAGGAAACAAUGAAAUGGUAGUCAACCAUCUCUCAAUUUGUUCAGCGAGUACUAGUCCAAUGUGGUGCGGG